GGGGGGGGGUUGCGGUUGCCUUCCCACUUGUGCAGGACGGGGUCGGGUUUGAUCCGGAGGCUUUAGCCGAGCGACAGUGAGUGAGGCCGUUUGCACCGGGCAGCAGGUUUGGCGUUCACGCUUUAACAGGCCAACUUGACCGUACCAGCGCAGUUUGGGCUCCAGAAGGUUCUCGGUCGUUUUGGGUUUUCACGGCAGCACGCGGGUGCUUCUGAGAGGCAUGAAUGACUUUGCAGUUCUUAACACGGGGCGAAAAAUGCCCCUCCUCGGACUGGGAACAUGGAAGAGUGAGCCCGGAAAGGUAAAGCAAGCAGUUAGCUGGGCCCUGCAGGCUGGGUACCGUCACAUCGACUGUGCCACCAUCUAUGGCAAUGAGGUUGAGAUUGGAGAAGCGUUGCAGGAGACUCUGGGCCCAGGCAAGGCCCUGAGGAGAGAGGAUGUUUUCAUCACGUCUAAGCUGUGGAACACGCGGCAUCAUCCAGAAGAUGUGGAGCCCUCCCUGUUGAAAACUCUGAAGGACCUGAAGCUGGAAUAUCUGGACCUCUACCUCAUCCACUGGCCCCAUGCCUUCCAACAAGGAGAUGUUCCAUUCCCCAAAAAAGAGGAUGGCACCAUGCUGUAUGACGACAUCGACUACAAGCUGACCUGGGCAGCCAUGGAGAAGCUGGUGGGGAAGGGCCUUGUUCGAGCCAUUGGCUUGUCAAACUUCAACAGUCGGCAGAUAGACGACGUUCUCUCGGUCGCCAGCAUCAAACCCACUGUCCUUCAGGUAGAAAGCCACCCUUACUUGGCCCAGGUAGAGCUGCUGGCACACUGUCGUGACCGGGGCUUGGUGAUGACGGCCUACAGUCCCCUGGGUUCUCCCGACCGGGCGUGGAAACAUCCUGAUGAACCUGUCCUGCUUGAUGAGCCUGUAAUUGCAGCCAUGGCAAAGAAAUAUGGCAAGUCCCCCGCUCAAAUCAUCCUGAGGUGGCAAACGCAGCGAGGAGUGGUGACAAUCCCAAAGAGUGUGACGGAGUGCCGUAUCAAAGAGAACAUACAGGUGUUUGACUUUACGCUGGAAGGAGAAGAGAUGCAGAGUAUCACAGCGCUGAACAAAGGCUGGCGCUACAUUGUACCAAUGAUCCAAGUGAAAGGUGAGCACGUGCCGAGGGAUGCAGGACAUCCACACUACCCCUUCAACGAUCCCUACUGAGGACUCUCAUUGCCACCUGCUUUUGUGCCUUUAUCCACUACAUCAACACCUUCUAUCACAUUCCCCUCUCCUGAAUCUGCCUGAAUCCUGGCAUCAUUUCAGUUCUGUCAACUCCGGCACUUCAUCGUCAUAGGAAGUCUCAAAUUAUUGGUUUAAAUGAAUCGUAUGACCAUAUGUGUGUUCUUUCUAAAUAAAAUUUACUUCCCUGUUAAGUGCUUUAUUUGACCAGCUGACUGUUCACAAACCCCUAUGUUGCUGCGUGGAAUUAACUUUGAACCCUGUGCCAUAGUGAAAUUUCACUUUAUUUGUAUCACUGUAUGACAAAGCGGAUUUAAAUGUUCCACUCAUGUAUAGAGUGCAUGGCACUGCACAAAGCUUGUGUCAAAAUCCAUGUUUUUGUGUAAGAUUUUUGUCACCUUCAAAAUAAGCAUGAACAUUACCUCCAUCAAAAUUGUUUGUGUUCUGUUUGUAUAUUAAUUGUAGACAUGAUUUUAACGAUUUGAUAUUGCUGCAUACUCAAGGCUCAGCGUUUUUGGUUUUUACUUUUCAAAGCCAUCCAGCAUGCCGAAUUUCGCCACAAGAGGCCACUGCUCCAUAACCUCACACGAACAGGAACAACUUUUGGAUCCGUGGAAACAUAAAAUCCGGGUGAAAAUCUGGGUAUUUUUCGGUGAAAAUCGGUAAAAACCGAAAACGCUGAGCCUCGUGCAUAAUUUACAACAUAGUUUUCCAGCCAAAAGAAAGUAUUGCAUACAUCAUUUUAACGAGUAUGAUUUGACUAUAUAAAAAACAUGACUGACGGGGUACAAAAAUUGUUUUUUCCCAUUAUUUCACGAGAAUGUAAAAGAUAUCAAUGAGGACAUUCUGCACUGUUUAACAAGGUAGGAAAUGCUAUUCCUUUCAAAUUGGCAACUACAUAGUUGUAAUUAAAUGCAAGUAUAGCCAAGGAGUUAAUUUCGAACAAAGGCAUCACUUGACAUUUGUUCUGUUUUGACAUUAAAGCUCAAGUUAAAAUG